UCCUAUUACAGCUCCCCUUUUCCUUCUGUGGUAGUAAGAUGGACAAACAACAAGAUUAUCUUCUGUGCUGAUGAGGCCCACAAUAUAGUUAAGGAGUGCACAGAAGGCGUUUUAGGCAAGGCAGAUUAUAAUCACCAUCAAGUCAACCAGUGGCCUGCUGCUAUAGUGGAACAGUCACUGACACAUCUGGUGAAACUUGGAAAAACAUACAAGUACAUAGUUACCUGUGCAGUGAUGCAGAGGAGUGGAGCUGGUCUUCACACAGCAAGCUCAUGCUUCUGGGAUACCACAACAGAUGGAACCUGCACAGUAAGAUGGGAAAAACAAGCAAUGAACUGCAUUGCCAAUGUGCUUGCUGCUGCUAUUAUCCUGUAG